GAAAGAGCAUUAUGAUGUUUUAGCACAAUUUUCAUUUGUUCAGAUUUGAACUAUUAACUACCUUAUUACCUCACUAGGCUGUUUUUUGGACAGUAGAAGGUCAUCUUUGAACUCUUAUGGUGAUUAUUGCUUGGUUAUUAACAACAAAGGAGCUCCAGAUAAACCAUAAAAGUAUACUGUGAUAUAUUCUGAUGUAUUCUGGGACCUAUUUCAAACGCGAGUAGAACCAGGACCUGACAGGAUAUUGGGAUAAAUUUGUGCAUUUACUGACCAGAUCUGAAAAGUGAGGAGCAGGACAGCACUGUCGGUCGUUCACAAGACGAGCUUCAGGGGAAAAUGCGUGCAGCAAAUACCUGAUAAGACAAAAGUUGGGCAAAACUGGUGAUGCGAGAGAGUCCAGUUGGGAACUCCGGUUGGAAACGAGAGCGUAUGCUGUCCGGUUUUAUUAGCAGAUAUUCAAGACAAGAUCUGCGAUCAAAUCAGCGAUGCGGUCCUUGACGCCCAUCUCAAGCAAGAUCCCGAUGCCAAAGUUGCCUGCGAGACCGUUGCCAAGACGGGGAUGAUCCUCUUAGCUGGUGAGGUUACCUCACGAGCUACGGUGGACUACCAAAAAAUCGUGCGGGAAACCGUUCGCCACAUUGGCUAUGAUGAUUCUGCAAAAGGCUUUGACUACAAGACCUGCAAUGUCCUUGUCGCUUUGGAACAGCAGUCUCCCGACAUCGCCCAGGGUGUCCAUGUGGACCGCAAUGAAGAGGACAUUGGCGCAGGGGACCAGGGCUUAAUGUUCGGCUAUGCCACUGACGAGACUGAGGAGUGCAUGCCCCUCACGAUCGUCCUCGCCCACAACCUCAAUGCCAAGAUUGCCGAGCUGCGACGUAACGGCACUCUGCCGUGGCUCCGACCUGACUCGAAGACACAGGUUACCGUGCAGUACCGUCAGGACCACGGCGCCAUGCUUCCUGUGCGCGUGCACACGAUUGUCAUUUCCGUUCAGCAUGACGAAGAUGUUUGCUUAGAAGAGAUGAGGGAUGCCCUGAAGGAAAAAGUCAUCAAGUCUGUUGUUCCCUGCAAUUAUUUGGAUGAUGACACCAUCUACCACCUGCAACCGAGUGGCAGAUUUGUCAUUGGUGGACCUCAGGGUGAUGCCGGCCUGACCGGGCGCAAGAUCAUCGUCGACACGUACGGCGGCUGGGGGGCCCACGGAGGCGGUGCUUUCUCUGGCAAGGACUAUACUAAAGUGGACCGCUCCGCUGCGUACGCUGCUCGAUGGGUCGCCAAGUCUCUGGUGAAGGCUGAGCUCUGCAAGAGAGUUUUGGUUCAGGUGUCCUAUGCCAUUGGAGUUGCCCACCCCCUCUCCAUUUCCAUCUUCCAUUACGGGACUGCCAAAAAGAGUGAGCGGGAGCUGCUGGACAUUGUAAGGAAGAACUUUGACCUCCGUCCCGGAGUCAUUGUCAGGGAUCUGAAGCUGAAGGAGCCCAUGUAUCAGAAGACUGCAACCUACGGCCACUUUGGCCGUGACUGCUUCCCAUGGGAGAAGCCCAAAAAGCUCAAAUACUAAACCUGUUAAGCUUUUCAUCCCCCAGGCUUGUUGGUGUAUACUACAGAGAAGCCUCCAAGAUCCAGGGGGUGAAAUGCCCUUCGCUGUCUUUCUCUCCCCCCUUCCCGUUCUCAAAUGAUUCAUCGUUUACCAACGUGACUCCCUGUUUUGCCUGUCACAUUUAUUACACUGUCACCUCGAAGGCAUUCUUUUGUUUUGUUAGUUUUAUAGGUUUCCAAGAACUUGUCCCUUGUUCUUGUCACUGUGCUAGAACUUGAUUGGCUGCAGUUCUGUCAUUGAACAUUGGUGUAGGUUAACAAUCAUAGGACAGUGGUGGCGUGUGACUGUAGUUGGCCUUCACUCUAUGGUGCUAGGAACACGUAUGACCUGCGAAGUAAAUUUUUGUCUUGUUUUGAUGAUCCUCUGCUAUAACUGAGCAACAUUUUUCCUUCGUCAGUAUGGUUAAACAAACGCUCACCCACUUUAUUUUUGCUAGCAUUACUGGACCGGCACAAAGAAAUGGGAAGGUUCUUGCUGUUGACUAAAAUGCUAUGCAUUUCAGGCUGAAGAAACAGCCACAUUUUCAAGCUCUAGCCACAUGCCGCUGCAGACCUUUGCUUUUUUUCUGACGUCAUACAGAAAAGUCAGAGGCUGCUGUGUCCCUGCUCUGGUCUGCAGAGGUGUUAGGUGAACUUGGUUUUUAAGUUUUUGUUUCGUUAAUAUUGGUUUUUUUUUUUUUUAAUUACAAAAAGAGAAAAAUGUGCCCUUAGACUCCGCAUGUGUAUCGAUGGCAGGUGUAGUUACAGAGAAACCUGGCUUCCCAUCUUUAUCCUAGCGGAGUCGGUUAGUCUUAAUUGGAUGUCCAAUGUCAACGCUAUUUAUUUGUUCUCUGAAGCUCAGCGUGGAUACAGAGAAGCUGAGGUUUCAGAAGGCAGCUUUAAAAACAGUUUCUUGAAAUUCCUCUUGACUUGAUCAUUUGUUGGCUUUGAGGUGCCAGAGUGUCGUACAGAAAAGCUUUGGUUAACCUCGAGGACAAAUUGCAAAUGUGUCAUUAUUUUUGGACCGCGCAAAUAUUUUUUUAGAUGAGCUGGUUGUCAACGCCCCCCUCUUGUUUUGUCUGUUUUUUAAAUGCGUCUGCAGAUAUGGCUCAUACAAAUCUUCACCAGGUGAUGGCAACAUUUGGUUGGUGUAGUACAGAGAAACCAGCCUUGUUUACAUGGCCAUCUAAUGUAACGCUCUUAUUGGCGGUCAUAAUCGUUGGCUACAGUAAGUGUAUAUGUGCCUUUUCUUUCUUCCAUCUUUGCUUCGCUUUUCACACUCCCUCACACAUAAAUAUGCUUCUAUUAUGAGCACGUAGCUGAUUCUGUAAUGCGCUUCAUGAUUAGAUAGGACACUUUGCUUGUGCUCUAUAAUAAACAUGUGCAACAUGCAA